AUGGUCACAUUCUUCACCGAUAUGAUUGAACUUCGCUUACCAAACAUUGUAGAGAUUAGCAUUUUCAUUGCCACGAACAGAUUCUUAUUUCAAUUGAAUCCAGUUGGUGAACGGUGGUUUUGUGUUAUUGCGGCGAUGCUUGAAAGGUUCCAAAGCGCUCGAUACUCUGGAUAUGAAGGAACAGUUGGGAACUCAUCUUGCUCUGUGUACUCCCAACGCUCGGCCAAGAUCUUCUUGAGCCCUCUCAACUCCUGGACUAGAAGACGUUCUCUUCUAUCUGUAUCGUUUUGUGAAUUUCUCAAGAUUUCCAUUCUCAAAUCCACAUCUCCAGGGAGCACUGUGUUGAUUCCCGGAGAAAUAUAUUCCUUCCAUUUGUAUCCCUCCUCUACCUACAACAAUCGUCGGGAUAAUCGAAUUCCUCCAUAUACACCUUGGAUUCAAUUCACUACACGCUCUCCAAAAGGAAGCACAACCCAACGUGUUGCGUACAAUAAGUAUCUAUAUGAAGCGACAAAGACGGUGCACACGAAACUGUUUGGAAGUCAAGCUGGAACUAUAUUGAAUAUCGAAAAUUUAGAAGUUACAAACUGGAAUUCACGUGCAUAUGAACGUUUCAAGCAAAUCGUUCAUCCAUCAUCUCUUCCAAUUCAACAAUUGAAAAUUUCAAGUACUACAAUUCCUUUUUUCGAUUGUAGACACAUUAUUGCGAGAGAGGCAAAAUCAUUAAUUAUCGAUAAUAAUCCCCUUGAAGAUGAUUCAUGGACACCAAUCCUCCCGAAUCUGACCAACCAAAGAGUGUGUUUGAUGAAUGAGAAUAAACACGUUCCUCCGCAUAACGAUUUAAUCGAGGAUUGGCUGGAGAGAGGACGUCCAGUUGGCACCACUUUCAGUAUGGGACUCAAGAACGAAUAUACAGCAAAACAGUGUUUGGAUACACUGAAGCAGAGAGAAAAUGUUUUAGGAUCUUCUGAAAAACAAGUACAACUCCGUAUCAAUGCUUCAUUGAUCCUCAAUGUCUCUUAUGAUAUGAUUGAUCAUACAAGCAGUUAUCCUAGUGAAUAUGAUUCAAACUUGUGGCUUAGACUGAAAGUGAUUCGUAGACGAUCGGGAUAA